AUGGCAAGUGUAUCUUUCAUUAAUUGUAUCAUGAUAAGAAGGUUUGUUUACCUGUUAGGGCUGCUUGCGAGCGUUGCACAUUCACAAACGGUCUCAACGUCCACACCUGUUCAAACAAAGGUUAAGGAGAUCAAAGAUUGCGGUACCUCAUCAGCUAUCACAUUCCAAGAUGCUACUGGCGAUAAUAUCCAGAACAUCACAAUGAAUGUUUCAGAGCAAGUUGACAGUGCAACGCUCACAUAUGCUAUCGUCGAACAAGGAUUCAAGCUACUCAGCUUCGAUGGAGAUUUCUGUACCUAUUUAUCAAAAAGCGGCAUUAGUUGUCCUGUCAGCCAAGGCAGCUACGAGCUAGAUGUCACAAACGACUCAGAUAUCAUCAACAGCUCACAAUCAAACUACACAAUCAAUAUGGACAUCCACAACGGCGACACUGAGCUCGGGUGUGCAGAUAUCAGCUUCGAGGUACCUCAAUCGCCCGAAUCAGUAACAAACUUGAAUAAUUAA